GGCUCCGGGUCCGGGCGGGGCCGGGCCGGGACCGAGGCGGGGCCGAGGCCGGCGGUCGGCGGCGCCGCUGGUUCAGGUGUUGGGGCGGCUCCACGUCGCCAGGCGGCCCGCGGGCUGGAGCUGACGGAGCUCAGCCCGCGGCUUGCGUGAGCCAGGCCGGCCCUAGCGUCCGAAGCGCCGGCCUUUCGGCUCCCGUGAGGCCAUGGCCGGCCCGGGCCCGGGUCCGGGGGACCCGGACGAGCAGUACGAUUUCCUGUUUAAGCUGGUGCUGGUGGGCGACGCGAGCGUGGGCAAGACCUGCGUGGUGCAGCGCUUCAAGACCGGCGCCUUCUCGGAGCGCCAGGGCAGCACCAUCGGCGUCGACUUCACCAUGAAGACGCUGGAGAUCCAGGGCAAGCGGGUCAAGCUGCAGAUCUGGGACACGGCCGGCCAGGAGCGGUUCCGCACCAUCACGCAGAGCUACUACCGCAGUGCCAACGGGGCCAUCCUUGCAUAUGACAUCACCAAGAGGAGCUCCUUCCUGUCAGUGCCUCACUGGAUCGAGGAUGUGAGGAAGUAUGCGGGCUCCAACAUCGUGCAGCUGCUGAUCGGGAACAAGUCGGACCUCAGCGAGCUGCGGGAGGUCCCCCUGGCAGAGGCACAGAGCCUGGCUGAGCACUAUGACAUCCUGUGUGCCAUUGAGACCUCUGCCAAGGACUCCAGCAACGUGGAGGAGGCGUUCAUGAGGGUGGCCACGGAGCUCAUCAUGCGGCAUGGGGGCCCCAUGUUCAGUGAGAAGAGCACCGACCACAUCCAGCUGGACAGCAAGGACAUUGGGGAGAGCUGGGGCUGCGGGUGCUGACUGGGGGCAGGGCAGGCAGGCCAGGGGCCUCCUCACUUCCUCCCUCCCCUCCCUUCUCUCUCCCCUCUGUUUCUCUCUGUCUCUUGCCUGCCAAGCCAAGUCCUCCAGGGCACCUGUACUGCCAGAGCAGCUGAUUGAGGCUCUGGGAUCUGUACCCCAGGGCCUGGAUGCUUGGUGAGAAGGGAGAAACAGGGCACCCCUGUAGGAGGCCUGCUGCCCACAGGAGGGUGCGGGGCCCAUUCUGCCAGCCAGCAGCUGGCUCUCCUUAUUCUUCACAUUCCAGGACUGGCCUGAGCCUGCCAGUGUGGACAGCAGGGAGGUGGCACAGUGUGGCUCCCCGGCCCCACCCCCCACUCUAGUGCUGACCAUCUCCUACCUUGACUUUGCUGCAGCUGUGACAGCGGGUGCUGUUGUCCAGGGAUGUGGCAGGUGCUCUGGUCUCUUCCACGACAUUCCAGGGCCUCUGUACAUAGCAGAGACCAAGAGCAACCAGACCAAGACUCGGUACUGAGCACAGCUCCGGGGGAGGCUGAGUUCCUUCCCGGUGUUUUCUUCCCUCACUGCCGGCUUGAGGCUCACAAGUGUCUCCUUGGGGCCUGGCCUGCUGCCUUAUCAAGAACUAUGGAGUUUUCUCGUUUUC